GACUUCUAAUUAUUAUUAGAAGAAUUCUAUUAUAUUAUUUGAUUGAAUCCACCAACAGAGGAGAAGUGUUCUGGUCUCCCUUUUUCCUCCCCCCAAGUUGUGUGUGUUCUCCGAUCGAUCAUCCAUCAAAUUACCGUUUUCCCCCCCCCCCCAUUCAUUCAUUGAAAGUCCAUUCAGGUCAUCCUCCCCAUCCUUCUUCCUUCAUCCCCUCUCCCUCUCUCUCCCUCAUUUUCUCAUUCUCGUCUCCUUUGCACAACCUCCCUCUCUUCCCUGGACCCCCCCCUUUAUCUGCAUCCCCCUUCUGUUUUUUUUAUAUCUCUCUCCGUUCCACAUUUCAAGAUCCCUCGUGCCGUCCAUUAGAAUUAUUUUCCUGCUCGUUUGGUCGUGCUUGGUUCCCAAUUCUAUUCUCGAGUGACUACUUGCGGACGGCGCGGCACUUGACCACCCGCUGCCACGCUGACUAGUUCCUCGUGCUAUUUUGGGGACCGUUAAAUCCCCCCCCCAGCCCCAGAAUUUCUUGCGCAAACACGAAGGGCGGUGACGGAUCCCUCGGUUCAUCGGUCUGGACCAUAUAAUUCUGUCGCAUUGUGCUAGUCUCCCGUUCCCAUCGCACAGCGUCCCAUCAUGAUCAGCAAAUCUCAAGGCGCCGAGGCGUUUCAAUCGCUGCCUCCCACCACCACCCAACCUAGGUUUAUCGCCGCAUCGCCGCCGUCGAAACGCGACUUGGCCUCGUGGUGGAGACAGUUCAAGAGAAAUACCAGGAAAGAGGAGCCAAAAGAAAAACCGCAGGGUAUCUUCGGCGUCCCCCUCAAUGUCAGCAUCAAAUAUGCCAACGUCGCGAUCUCCCUGACAAACGACAAUGGCGAGAGCUUUAUCUACGGCUACGUGCCCAUCGUAGUCGCGAAAUGCGGGGUCUUCCUCAAGGAAAAAGCGACGGAUGUCGAAGGCAUUUUUCGACUCAACGGAUCCGCCAAGCGCAUCAAGGAUCUACAGGAGAUCUUCGAUUCCCCCGAGCGAUAUGGAAAAGGUCUGGAUUGGACGGGCUAUACAGUACACGACGCUGCGAACGUCCUCCGUCGGUAUCUGAACCAACUCCCCGAGCCGAUCGUCCCGUUGGAAUUCUACGAGCGCUUCCGUGAACCCCUGCGCAUUUAUCAGAAACAGGUCCAGAGCGGUGGGCCUACGAAUGAAGGCGAGAAGUUCGACCAUGCGAAGGCGGUCGCCGCAUACCAGCAGCUGAUCAGAGAAUUACCCCCAUUGAACAAGCAACUGCUCCUGUACAUUCUUGAUCUGUUGGCGGUCUUCGCUUCUAAGUCUGAUCAGAAUCGGAUGACAUCGGCCAAUCUCUCUGCUAUCUUUCAGCCUGGACUGCUUUCCCACCCCCAGCACGAUAUGUCACCGGAAGAAUACAAGCUAAGCCAGGAUGUGUUAAUAUUUUUGAUCGAAAACCAGGACCACUUCCUGUUCGGCAUGAACGGAACCGCUGCAGAUGAGGCGACUGUGAAAGAAGUGGAAGGAGGUAUGCUGCGUCCAACCUCCCAUUCCACAGUGCGGCGCUCCGUCUCGAGUGCUAGUGGUGGUGCAGAGAGUUUCCGAAAGUUUGGCAGUCUUCGCCGAAACGUUUCAGUGUCUUCGAAGAACUCUCGCAAUUCGAACAAUGCCAGCCCUGCAACCCCUACGUCCAUGGGCGCCGCGGGAGUCCACCGAAGCAACACUCUACCCUCCAAAAUGUCGCCGGCUAUUGCGCAGGCUAGAUACGGCCGAGUGACCGAAGCUACUGGUGGGACCACUCCAGGACGAACUUCGACACAGCGCUCGCGGUCGCCUAGCCAGGUACCGCCUGUUCCCGAGCAGAACACCGAACCCGCGAAACCUCCACCCGCAACACAGGGAGGGGCAACUGCCACCACAGGUCUCGUGUAUGUUCAUACAUCUACUCACGGCCCGAUCCCGGUUUCCCAGGCCACCGCCCCCCACUCGCCCAUCGCCGAAAAGCCUUCUCAGGAUACUUUGACAGUACCCUCUUCACCUCCGCGGGCCGUCGUGACACCGACAAAGGAGCGGAAAUUAUCCAGUUUCUUCAGUAAGUCGCCGCCUUCAGGCAGCGAGAAGGAGCCACGGCAGCCCAACCGGCUCAAGAAGAAACGAAUCCCAGGAAGCGCUAGUGCGAGCGCACAAAGCUCAUCCCAGUCCCUACAAGCUGCCACAUCUGACUCGGGAAUUGGCAUCCCACCGCCCCGGACGUCUGAACCUACCGAUGCUGGGGGAGACACCCCGAAACCUUUGAACGCCCCUAAUCCAGAGGAUAAUUCCCAGCAAGAGGGAAAACCGGAGAAGCCAGCGGUUCCGAGCGAGGCUGGACAACCGGCCGAUACUACUCUGAGGCCAUAUGGCUCACGUACUCCGUCGAUGAACUCGCGGUCAUCAUUCACCGACCUCUCUGAUGCUGACCCCAUCGACGACACCUCUCGGGCAGACCGCAAAGAGCAUCGGCGGAGCUGGAGGUUUCCUCGGUCGUCAAAACGUAGUAAUGAGCAAAUCGGACUCGGGCUAGGAUCCCCGCCACUCUUAGCGUCGAACCCGGGGGCGGAUCGCAGUACAAGCUCGUUUGGCAGCUGGCAUCACUCGAGUAAAAGCUCACCGUCCGAUCUCCAGCAGUUCGCCAGCGAGCACUCAUUUCAGCCGCUCAGUCUGGACGCUGAAGUGAAUAACAAUGCGAAAGACUCAUCCGAGCCGGAGAAGCGCAGCCUGUUCGGAAAAUUCAAGGCCAAGGUUGCGCAGGUUCGGGACGGAGUUAUGGACACCGAAAGGGACCGGACUAGGAGUCCUCCCGUACAUUCAGACCCAGAGAGAUCUACCUCCAGCCAGGCGCUCUCUCCUGCCCCUAAGGAGAGCAGUCACGUACGACCUGCGCCACCGGCGCCAAUUGAUGUGACAAGAGAGCUCAAGGACAUACACAGCACGCCAGUGUCCCCGCUCCCUGGGUCAGGUCUGCCGCCGGCAAUCCCAGAAGAACCGCGCACUCCGGACAGCCCAGCUGCACCCGUCGAGCUAGAGGUGAAGAAGGAGGACGGGGUGGUGCAGACGGGAUCUGCGGCGAACCUCCCUACUUUUGAGUCUCACCAGGGCGACAACGAGACCUCUCAGUUCCUUGGAAACUAGUGUUCCAUCGUGUUGACAAACUUGUCUUAACUACUUUCCAAUCUUCACCGGGCCUGAGCCUGGGUUUCGUAUGUCUUGACCAUGUGAUUUCUACUGGAGCCAGGGAUAUGAUGGAGAAUUCUGGAUGAUGAUUGAUGGGCUGUUUCAUAUUUCAUUUGUUUUUCAUACCCCGUUUUUACUGGUGAUGCUUGAUGGACCACGAUUCAUGUAUGUAUGUUGCUUCUUUGGCUUGGUGCCAUGUUGAAUAGGACGGUUAGCGUGAGCUCUGGAUGGGAUAUAUAGAGCUUGGAUUGGAAGGACAGGUAAAGAAUAGAUGCUUAGGAUCUAGACUUUGAAUUUCAUUAUUAC